AUGGAAAGCGGUAUUAAGGUUCCUCAGGAGACCAUCCAGGUCUUCACACAGAUGAAACUUAAGAAGACGUGCAAGUACAUGAUCCUCACCAUCUCCGGGGACGUUGUCACCGUAGCAAGCCAGGGCUCUGGUGAAGUUGACGAACUCUACGAUGCAUUGCCAAAGGAUGACUGUGCCUUCGUACUCUACGACACCGGACGCUACGUCGUACUAUUCAUGUACGCUUCGCCUAACGCACCGACAAACGCACGCACCAUCUACUCAACGACCAAGCAAACUGUAGAGAAGUCGUUGGAUGGAUCCAAGGUCUACAAACACCUUGUCGAAGACAAGGACGAGGUGUUGGAGGCCCUUAAGUGCUAA